UAUCCCAAAGAUAUCUCGACUAUUCCGGUUUGGGUAACCCUUAAAAAGAUUCCGAACAGUCUCUACUCAAUUCCAGGAAUUAGCCAUAUUGCUUCAGGUUUAGGUGCUCCUAUGGCUACUUACAAACCAAGACUUGACCCUUCUCUAAUGGGUGAGGCUAAGAUCUUGGUGGAAGUGGAGUUGAGUAAAGCAUUUCCUCCUAGGAUUGCAGCUGUGGAUAAAAAGGGAAACAUAUCUAUGGUUGAUGUUGAAUACGCUUGGGUUCCUGUUCAGUGUGGAGAUUGUGGACAGUUAGGACAUAAAGCUUCCCGUUGCAUGAACCAAAAGUUGCCACAUCAAAAAGCCACCAAAGUUGUCUCUAAUGAGGUCAAUGCUCCUGCCAAUGUUAGUUUAUCUACCGCCCCAGCUCUAGUCUCUCCAAUCAAUCUUCAACAUGAAUCCACGAAUGUUGUCAUUCAAGAAGGCUCCAAAGUCCAAGACGAUUCAGACCUACCCAUUGAGGCUGUCCCAAUACAAGUCUCAGAUCUAUGCACCAAAGUGGCAGAUUGCCAUACAAAUAUGGAAGUUCAAGUUUUAUCUAAGAUGGGGAUUCACUUCCCUCAGAUGGAGAUUUAGUUGAUGCAGAGGAUUCUGAUAGUAAAUCUGAAAUGAUGGACCAUAUGACUCCUUCCGGACAAAGAUUACUGCGAGAGAGACCGGUUCAACCUUCCAUUAAAGCUAAAGAGACACAAGAGUCUUUUAUUGCUCGAGGGAGAGGACAACGGGGACGUAGAUCACGUGGUCGUGGGUGCCGUGGACGCGGGCACCGGGGACGUGGCUAGAUGUCUCUUCGAUGUUUAACAAAGCCAACCGGAGCGGAAGAUUCGGUUACUAUCUAUGGGUCUGCUUGUAUUAUUGGCCUAUUUCUAUACUGCUUUUGUAGCUUUUAAAACUUUGUGACUUGUUUCACAAAAUACUGCAUGACUUUUUGUCAUAGUUUUUGUAAUAUUCAGGUUAUA